AUGUUUAAAAGGUUCUUUGAUUUCUUAAGUAGUUCAAAUAGCAACAACCAAGCUAACAAUACUAGCAAUUAAACUAAGUAGGCUCCCGCACUUUUGCAAGUUUCACCAUUAGCAGAAGUAGAAUAAGCUCUUAAGCUUCAUCAGAAGGAGACUUUGGAACAUCAGAUACUGUCUAAUCUUAAAACUCUCUGCUAGUAAGUUGAGCAGACUAUUGAGAAUGGUGGUAAAUUCUUCGGGAAAGGAGUCUUUAAGCUGUUUGAUUUUGUCAAGGAUUCUUUACCAGAAAAAGAAAUUACUUAGCUCAGAUACUAUAACAGAAGAUCUUUCUAAGUCUUUGAUAAAUACGUGCAACUGAGAGAGGUCAACAAGGAGCUAAAUGAUCACAUGCGUUAACUAAUAUUAGGUAUUAGUAGCAAAGAUUAUGCGCCUUUAAAGGAUCUAAUUCUGAAGGGAGCAGAAAAGGGUUUUGAUGACUCAAUGGCUAAAUAUAAGUAAUGCAAAAACAUAGAAAAUAACUACUAAGACGGAGUCGAGAAGGUUGCUGACUUCUUCGACCUAAUUUAUGAAAAGUUUGAAAAAGAGAUAGAUGCUUUCUUUGACUAAAGAGAGGGUGAUGUCACUGAGGCAAGUUCUUUUUACAAACUUAAGACCAAGUUUUUGGAUAGAAAGCUCAAAGGCCUAUAAUAGCUAGUUGUGAAACAGAACUUCGAAAUAGCUAACGCAAAAACGUUUUAUAAAUAAGAGGUCACAAUGCUUUAAUCUGAAAUAGGAGAUAUAAAGAAGGAUUUUUCGCAGACUCUGAUAGAUGUUAAAUCCUCGAUUAUUAAUUGCGGUUUCCCUGGUGAAGAUGAUGCCCAAAGUAUACCUGAUGUAGAAUAUACUAAUAACAGUGUCGACGAUAUAAAUCUCUAAUAAUAAAUAGAAGAGGAAAAGUUUAGCACAAUUAGCAAAACUUCUUUUCUAAAUAUCAACACUACUAAUCUGCAAAACUAGAAUUUCACCAAUUAGAGUCAAUAUGGAGGAAUGAAUGGAAGUUCUGAUAUUCAUUCAAACUAACUCACUUAAAGAUCAAGAAAUUCUACUCAUAAAUAUGACUAAGAUUCUUCUUAUAGGAAAAAUAAGAGUACAAUUUCAAAGAACUCAGAUUUAAACUAUGACACAGGCAGUAACUACUAUAUGGAUAGUCGUAGAAAAGAAUUGACUUCAUCAUCGAAUCUUACUAUUGAAAGUAAGAAACCACCUCUGAGAACUACCUACACUUUCAAUCAUAAUUAUUAUUAGUAAUAGCAGCAGCAAUAGUAACCUGCUUAGCAAUAAGUAGUUAAUUAACAUAAUACAAAUGGAGCUGCAACAACUGCAAGUGGGACCAAUAGAGACAGCCAUAAUUAAUCUUAAGAGCUGAACUCUUCAAGAUAAUCUAAGAAUAGUCGUGGCUCCCGUCAUGCUAAUAGACAAUGCAACAGUGCUAUGUAUAAUAAUAAUUAUGGUUAGACCUAUUAGACUACAAAGAACAUCAAUCCCAAUGAUUCUUAAUCUUCCAAUAACCUUGUUGGUGGAGCUUUUAGAAGACACAGAGGAAGUGGGUAGACUAACAAUCCUAAUAAUAAUAGUAAUCUAAGCAACGGUAAUAGCUCUUAGAAUAAUAGCAAUAUCUUUUAUAGCAGAAGAUCUACUUAAAAAUCUACAAGAGCAACUGAUAGGUAAAAUAUGAGCAAGCAAGACUCGCUGAAAAAAAUUAUUCCUCCAAGUACUGUUCAGAUCUAAUAAACUGUUAGUGAUGAGGAUUUUAGUAAUAUUCUUGGUGGUGCUACAUAUUCAAAAACAUAAACAGUUGAGGUUAUGAGUGAGUGCUCAUAAUAAGAAGAAGAGACUAUCAAAACUCUAACCAGCCAAUUAAAUAACUAAGAUGUUAAAGUUACAAGCGACAAUUAAAAAUAAAGAUCAACCUUUCAUAACAUAUUCUCUAUGCCGAAUCCCCUUCCUGAUAAUAAUGAUCUUCGCAUUCCAUUCAAGAGUUUUGUUGAUAUUAGCAAUAAUUAAAAUACUUCAAUCCAUGGUAAUAACAAUUUCGAUAAAUCUAUUGAAGAGCGAACUAGCAGCAUGAAAAGAGUAUAAUCCUCAGGAAUUCUCCCUCAAUUAAAUUCUCACAAUCUGACAAUGACUGAGGUAGCUCUAGAUGCUUCUGGCAAAGUUACUACAACAAAGCAUGCUAAGAAGAUUUCUAAGUUCUCCUUAACAUUCUGCAAUACUUCCCCAGUGGAUAGCAGAGACUGCUCUCGAGAAAGAUCCUCUACUCUGCUAAGUUAAAUGAUGCAUUAAUAAUCGUUGUAAAUUAAUAAUAAAGAAGCAUCAGUCUGA